AGACUGAGUUAGCGCCACUGCCUCUGCCCGCCGCUUCGCCAAAACUAGCUCGAAGCGCCUUAACUCUUGCAACGGGUCGCGUGUAAGUGAAUGUGAGAAGUUUGUAGGGAGUCAGGGCGACGCCGUGUUGCGUUUCUUCUUUGUUUGAGAAGGAGAGAGGGGCGCCGCGGAGCUCGUCGAGUAGCCGAGCCGAACCCUGUCUGUCAGCGGCUCUGCUGCGCUCCGGUGUCCGGAAGUUCUGUUGGAGGAAGAAAAAAAAAGUAAGAAAGGCAUGAAAAAAGGCAUCGUGAACGAAACUCCUGACCACUCUGCCCCGAGCACGGCGGAGCAACGCUUUCUCCCCUGAAGUGCAGCAGAAGGACGCCGAGACCGCGCCCCGGUGUGUUUGUGUCCCAGUAACCCGUCUCGCCGUGUGUUAGAUCGUCGAUCAUGGGGCUCCCGACGCUGGAGUUCAGUGAUUCUCUGCUGGACAGUCCGGAGUUCAGGGAGCGCCUGCAGUGCCAUGAGAUAGAGCUGGAGCGCACCAACAGGUUUAUCAAAGACCUCAUCAAGGAUGGCAACAUGCUCAUAUCUGCCCUCCGGAGUCUUUCUCUUGCUGUUCAGCGGUUCUCUCAGUCUCUGCGGGAGUUCCAGUUUGAAUGUAUUGGAGAUGCGGAGACUGAUGAUGAGGUCAAUAUAGCUCAGUCCUUGAAGGAGUUCUCUCAGCUCUUGAGCACCAUGGAAGAGGAGAGAAGACGACUGAUCCAGAACGCGGAUGACGUGCUGAUCUCACCGCUCGAGAGGUUUCGUAAGGAGCAGAUUGCAGCUGUUAAGGAGGAAAAGAAGCAGUUUGACAAGGAGACAGAAAAGUACUACUCUGUUCUGGAGAAACACCUCAGCCUGUCUUCCAAGAAGAAGGAAUCACAGCUGCUGGAGGCUGACUCACAGAUGAGUAAGGACCGGCAGGUCUUCUACGAUGCAUCGCUGCAGUAUGUCUUCAAGAUCCAAGAAGUGCAGGAGAGAAAGAAGUUUGAAUUUGUGGAGCCGCUAUUAGCCUUCCUGCAGGGAUUGUUUACAUUCUACCAUGAGGGCUACGAGCUGGCCAGUGAGUUUGAACCCUACAAGCAGCAGCUUCAGUUCAACCUUCAGAAUGCCCGCAAUAACUUUGAAAGCACACGUGCCGAGGUUGAGAGGCUGAUGAAGAGGAUCCGAUCAGCUGAAGAAGACUUCAAAGCCCCGAGCUGCUUUACUAUGGAGGGAUAUCUGUAUAUACAGGAGAAACGUCCGUUGGGCAGUGUGUGGACCAGAUACUACUGUACUUAUGAAAAAAGCUCCAAGAUGUUCACCAUGGGCAACACAGAAACCAGACCAGCCAGCAGACAGAACGGCUUGGUGAUUGGCUCACCAGAGAUGUUCAGGCUGCGCUCGUGUGUCAGGAGGAAGACUGAGUCGAUCGACAAGCGAUUCUGCUUCGACAUCGAGGUGGUGGAGAGACACGGCGUCAUCACCCUUCAAGCGCUCUCUGAGGCCAACAGGCGGCUGUGGAUGGAGGCAAUGGAUGGAAAAGAACCAAUCUACACUCUUCCUUCUUUACUUAGCAAAAAGGAGGAGACAUUUCUCAAUGAGGCAGGCUUCAACUUUGUCAAGAAGUGUAUUGAGCUGGUGGAAACAAGAGGCAUUACUACCCUGGGAUUGUACAGGACUGGAGGAGUCAACUCCAAAGUGCAGCGGUUAAUGACAAGUGUUUUUGCGACCACAGCUCCGUCCGAUAUGCAGCUGGACGCAGACGCCUGGGACAACAAGACCAUCACCAGUGGUCUUAAGAAUUAUUUCAGGUGUCUGGCAGAACCACUGCUGACCUACAGACUGCAUAAAGAAUUCAUCAAGGCUGCAAAGUAUGAUGAUCACAAGUACAGAGUGAGAGCCAUUCACGCUCUCGUUCACAAGAUACCAGAAAAGAACAGGGUGAUGUUGGACCUCCUAACCUACCACCUCUUCAAGGUGUCCUCUCACAGUGAGCAGAACAUGAUGACUGUGUCCAACCUGGGAAUGAUCUUCGGGCCCACUUUGAUGAGGUCACAGGAAGAGACGGUUGCUGCCAUGAUGAACAUCAAGUUUCAGAACAUUGUGGUGGAGAUUAUCAUUGAAAACCAUGACAAGAUCUUUGGUGAGGCCCCAGACCUGUCGAUGCCGUUACCUCAGGCUCCAUCCUCCCGGUCGACUCCUCGGAGGAACAAGGCGAUCUGCCUGUCGUCUGGGAAGAGGAAAGCUCGUCUCUACUCUCCCGCUCUCUGCCUUGCCGACAACGACAGUGACACGUUCAGUAGCAGCCCCAGCACAACUCCGAUGGGCAGCCAGGAGUCUCUGUCCUCACACUCCUCUGAGAAGAACGGAUUGUCUCAGACCUCACCUCCGUCUUCUCCUGCUGCCGAGCCCAGCUCCCCCUCCCCAGCGCCUGCGUCUCCUCCUGCAGCUCCCUCCUCCUCCCCCUCCCCCUCCCACAACUCCUCACGUGAAAAUG